AACCAGGAUAUAUUGCACCAAAAAAAAAAAAAAAAAAAACCCUCAGUUUUUGAAAAUAUUUUUAAUUCAUUUCAAUUUUUUGCAGUUUGGGCUUUAAAGGACGUUGAGCAGCAGCUGUCGGGACGGCCGCUGUUUUGUUGAUGUCAUCCGCGACCUUCAAUUCCUCAACAAGCUGAGGAUAAACAAAGAGUCGCUUUGAGGGUUUUAGUGUUACCCUUUAUUUUUGUCGCCUUUCCGCCUUUGCCAGUUGGCAGGAUGAGAGUCCUGCUGCAGGGGCUCCUGCUGCUCGCUGCCUGCGCUCUCCCUGCAGGUGGCUUGGAUUUCCAGCCUGGAUCCAAAGCUGUCGGACAGCCGGUGUUCAGGAGGCGCUCCGCCGUGGAGCAGAGAGCCUCACACAUCGUCAGGAGGUCCCUUCCGUCGUGGCUGGACGCAUCGCAACAUAGGAGAAGGAGAAGGAACGCCGAGCAAAGCGAUUCCUGCAAACAACACCGAGGGUUUCAGAGCAAGUUAAAUGACAACACCCACAGUUUCAUGUUCAACGACCUGAGCGGCUCAGUGUCACUGGCUUGGGUUGGAGAUGGAACAGGGGUCAUUUUGGCUUUGACUACCUUUCAGGUGCCUUUCUUCAUGUUAAGAUUCGGUCAAUCCAAACUCUACCGUAGUGAGAACUACGGGAAGACGUUUGAUGAUGUGACCAACUUAAUCAACAGCACCUUCAUAUUAACAGAGUUUGGUAUAGCAAUCGGCCCUGAGAAUUCAGGCAAAGUGAUCCUGACCGCUGAAGUCUCUGGAGGUGAUGGGUAUCGGCUUUUUGUUUCCAUGGACUUUGGAAAAACCUUCACCCACCUGGACUUGCCUUUCAAUCCCCUGAUGCAGAUCUCAUACAAUCCGGAGAACUCAAAUGUGCUGGCAGUCCUCAGCACCAGGCAUGAACUUUGGCUUUCUGAAGAUUUUGGACAGAGCUGGAAGAAGAUUCACAACAACGUGUGCCUUUUUAAAUGGGGGAAGAAAAAUAGCACCUUCUUUACUACCAACCAGAAUGGAUCUUGCGGUGAUAGAGGAAUGUUAGAGCUGAGGAGAACCACAGAUUUGGGUAAAACCAUCAAGACUGUUGCCACAAAGAUCUUCUCUUUUGGUCUGGGUGGACGCUUCCUCUUCGCUUCAGUAAUGACUGGAAAGGGAACUCUUAGAAUGAUUCACGUGUCUGUUGACCAGGGUGAGAGCUGGAACAUGGCUCAGCUGCCUCCUGUUGGUCAUGAGCAGUUCUACUCCAUACUGGCAGCAAACGACGAUAUGGUUUUCAUGCACGUUGAUGAGCCUGGAGAUACUGGUUUUGGUACAAUUUAUGUUUCGGAUGAUCGAGGAACAGUUUACUCCAAGUCGCUGGAGCGUCACCUUUAUACAGCUACAGGAGGUGACACUGACUUCACCAACGUCACUUCACUGCGAGGAGUCUUUAUCACCAGCAUCUUGGCAGAAGAUAACUCUGUGCAGUCUGUAGUGUCCUUUGAUCAGGGAGGAGAGUGGCUUCCCCUGCGGAAACCUGUCAACAGCAAGUGUGAUGCUACGUCUAAGGACCCAGACAAGUGCAGCCUCCACAUCCAUGCAGCUUACAGCACUGCUAUGAAGCUGAGCGUCCCCAUGCUGCCUCUGACAGAACCAAACGCUGUGGGUCUAAUCAUAGCUCAUGGCAGUGUCGGGGAUGCCAUCUCUGUGUUGAAGUCUGAUGUGUAUGUGUCUGAUGAUGGUGGCUACACCUGGAUAAAGGCUCUUGAGGGGCCCCAUCACUAUGCUAUGCUGGACUCAGGAGGGCUGCUGGUAGCUGUGGAGGACAACGGCGAACCCAUCAACAAGAUUAAAUUUUCCACUGAUGAAGGACAGUGCUGGAAUGUUUAUAACUUCACAGAGGAGCCAAUCUCAUUCACGGGGCUGGCAUCAGAGCCGGGAGCUCGUUCCAUGAAUGUCAGCAUCUGGGGCUACAGGGAGAACUUCAUCAGCCAGUACUGGGUCUCCUUCACUAUCGACUUCAGGGAACUCCUCACUAGAAGCUGUGACGAUAACGAUUAUGUGGAAUGGUUGGCCCACUCUGAUGACAUCAGUGACCCCAACGAUGGCUGCAUGCUGGGUUAUAAAGAGAAAUUCCUGCGGCUCAGAAAGGACUCUGUUUGCUUGAAUGGACGAGAUUAUAUUUUGAACACACAGCCGACUCCAUGUCCAUGCACCCUGGAUGACUUCUUGUGUGACUUUGGAUACCAGCGUAAAGAGAACAGCUCUGAGUGUGUGGAGCAGCCUGACCUGCAGGGCAAAGUGUUGGAGUUCUGUCUGCACGGCAAAGAGGAGCAACUGCAGACCAGUGGGUACAGGAAAAUUCCCGGAGAUAAAUGUGAGGGAGGAGAGAUGCCUAAGCGUAAAGAGAUUGACCUCAGUAAGAGGUGUGUCAGUGAUCUGGUAUCUCCGGAGCUACAGACAGAUGGUCAUUCCUCCAAGUCAGUGCCCAUUGUGUUAGCAGUCAUCGUUGUCCUAGUGCUGAGCAUCGCAGCGGGCGUGGUCUUUGUAAGGAAAUACGUCUGCGGCGGAAGGUUUGUAGUGCACAGGUAUUCUGUGCUGCAGCAGCACGUGGAGGAAAAUGCAGCAGAUGGGAUGGAUGAGCCACUAGAAACCAACCAUGCUCCUAAUGGCAAAAUAGAAUUCCAUGAUGACUCUGAUGAGGAUCUGCUUGAAUAGCAGGGACCACCUGUUAAACAAGCGGGUAACUGGUUGGCCUGCAGCCAGCCGUUGUUCCCAUCACUCUCCUCUCCAGUUAUUUCCUCCUCUCACCCUCUGAUGUAAACUUCAGCCUCAGCGACAGAAACUCUGCUGUCAUCGGCGAAGUCAAAUGAAUGUAAGGAGGCUUCCUGAGACUUAAAGCCACUGUUGGAGAGAACCAUGAA